GAUAGAGGAGUUACAGGGACGCCUUUGGACCUAUUGCCUUUCAAUGGAGAAAUAAAGACUGUUAAAACAUUUUGAGGCUAGGACUUUAGGCAGUUUCCAACCCUGAUCUCUUUAUCGUAAUAUGAUACGCCUCCGAUUGUGAAAUGAAGUCUCUUUUAUUUAUUUAUUUAUAUAGGCCUAUUUAUUUAUUUUGUCUGGAAAAGGUCAGUUCUGAAUCAAAGUUUUGACGGGGUCAUGUCUUCACACCCCCGCACCGAUAGGCCCUAUGUUCCGCACCAAUACUCCUCCGCACCGAUACUCCCCCCAUUUCGAUGAUUCAACGGAUUUCGCCAUAACGCUGACGCAACCCAUUACGGAAAAUACAUAAUUGUGAAUCACUUUUGGCCACAGAGAAAGAAUUCUAUAGAAAAAAACAUUGAUAUUAUAUCCAAGAAUAUAGAUAUUUGUGAGCGUUGAAAAAUAUUACAGUGACCAAUCAAAUUCUGAAUCAUUAUUUAUAUAUAAUCACACAUUCCAUUAACAAUUGAUUAGUUUUGAUGGUAAAUAUUUUUAAGUAAGAACAUAAUUUAACUUUAGGCCUCAAGAAGUACGUACUGCGCAUUUAUAUAUCACUGCGUUUAUAAGAAAUGAGUAGAUCAAUAAGAGAUGCUUAUCCAAGAAAAUGUGAUACUUUAAUUAAUUGCUGCAUCCUUCAGCAACAGGCAAUAACUCCAUUACAUAACAUUAUGUAGGAUCAUUUCCCGAGUCACGCGUGAGAGGUAUGAGCAAGAUGUAUGUAAUUUCGUGUCAUCUGAACUUAAUGACUCAUCCUUCUCUCCUCGUCGUCACAUGAGCGCAUCCUUCGUGAAGUCUAAAAAAGAUUUCAUUGACAUACUUAGAUGGAUGUUGGGAGUAAGGACUACAGCAGCAGAGCUAGUGCUGCAAGUGGAAGAAAACCCAACCUCAAGUAAUUUAUAUGCCGGAUGUAGACGGAAUGCUGUAUGGAACCUUGUGGCGAAACUAAGUGAACGCAGUCUCAGAGUUCGCGAGAUGAUGCGGUGUUGACAAGCCCUAAGCCAGUUUUAAAAGUACGGACUUGACUCAAGAGGAAGCAUGACCAAGCGUGCCAUUGUGUUAGUUGUGCUCUUGUUGUGCCAAGCGCGCAAUGGCGGUGCACAGGACCCGUGCCCUGCGGUAUGCAGUUGCAGUCUGGUGACACUUGACGAGGAACAGGGGUGGUCGGCUGACUGUAGGUUCAGGAACAUAAUAACAAUACCAGCUUUCAGAGACAGUGCCAGACCUCUGUAUGUGCUUAAUUUAAUAGGAAAUAAGAUACAAAACCUAUCUCUCAUUAACACUCCAUACUUGAAGGAAUUAUACUUAGCUGAAAAUGCAAUUGCUGAUUUAGGAGCAUCUUCACUGGAUGGAAUGUCAGAUUCCUUAAAAAUCUUGAAUCUCGGUUCAAAUCCAUUGAACACCUACCCCACAGCCCUUCACAAUUUAAAAGUUCUUGAGAGGCUGGACCUUUACAACGUAGGACUCACGGGUCUAGACGUAAAUUUUUCUAAGGAACAGUUUAAAUCUUUGCGGAUUCUUAAUCUUGGAGACAAUAAACUUACAAAUAUUCCACCAGCUGUCAUGAAUUUAACCAGCCUGGAGCAGCUUUUAUUAUAUGGAAACCAGAUACACGCCGUUGACGGUAGCGUGUUCCAGAAUCUUAAUUCAUUGAACAUUUUGAACAUUGGAAACAACAGACUGACGACAGCGCCAUCUAGAUUACACAUGCUACCCAAACUCCGAGAGCUGUUACUGUAUGGUAAUAGCAUCGCUAAUGUAAGCGAUAUGGCGCUACGGGAUCUCCCUCUAUUGACUAGGUUAAACCUGGGCACCAAUGUGCUGACAGAAGUCCCAAAAGCUAUUCAAUUACUGCCUAGUUUGGAAAAAUUGGAACUGUACGAAAACCGAAUAAGCGCCAUAGAACCGAACUUGUUUGAAAAUCAAAGCAGAACUCUAAGGGUAAUAAACCUUGGUGGCAAUAGACUUCUAAAAAUCCCUGAUGCAAUACGAGACCUUCCCAAUUUGGUGGAGCUUGAUCUGUACAAAAAUAACAUUUUUGAUUUCGACACAGAUAUCUUUACGAACCAUCAAGAAUCCCUUAGAAUCAUUGACCUGGGCUCAAACAGCCUCACGUCUAUCCCUGAAAGCAUCCGGAAAUUGCGCUCUUUAGAAAAACUCGUUUUGUCCAAUAAUAAGUUCCAAACUCUUGAAGAGCGCAAUUUUGAUGAUUUGCGUAAUUUGAAAACUUUGCUACUGGGUCCAGGUAACAACUGGCAUUGCAACUGUACAUUGGAUUUUUUGCGAAAUUUAAAAGUGUUGGCUCCUGAUCCAAAAUAUUUAGCGAUUUGUGCCACUCCACCUCUUCACGAGGGGAAGAGCGUUCUUAAUUUUUCAACCCAAUCAUGCGCCAAAAGAGGCCCGUCUUUUGAAGGAAGUGAAUCCAUGCUUCCGGUAUGGGGAUGGGCCGUAAUUGCAUGUGUUUGUGCGGUCCUAAUUUUGAUCACGUCUGUAUUGCUGAUCAAGUGGAUCAAGAAGCGUAGAAAAAAGGAGUAUUCCAAUGAUUCUGAAACCUCCCGCAAGAUGAAAGGAGAAAACUCGUGGAAGAAUGAGAUAGGGUACGAACCGAAACAGGUAACGCAACAGGUCUUCACUUCUCCAGACCUCCAUAAGUCUCCAACUUCACAGAUAUCUAUCCGAUCACGUCCGCCAUUGCCUCUUCCUGAAAUCCCAGAGUACCUUGAAAUUUUACCCAGUGUAUCACCAGGCUCGGAAAAAGUGACAAAUAAUUCAUGUCCUGAUUACAACUAUGUUCCAAAUUCUACCCUUAUCAAUUUCAAAUCUGAAACGCCGCAUGGGGGCCAAUUGGAGAAGGCAGACGAACACGUUGACCCUCAGGGCUACCUUAAGAUGUCUGCCUGCUCGAGUUGGAGGGACAACACGUACGAAGAAUUGCCAGAAGACGGCGAUAGUCUGGAUCCUGACGCUUCAGCCUUCACAACCUAUUCGCACCUGGUGCCAGAGAAAGAAUACCAAAAUGUGCCCGAUAUAGAAAAUAGGGAAUCCCAAAAGUACACAGAUUUAUUACCAACGUAUCAAAACUCAUUUUAGACAAAAUCAAGGGGCAGAGAACUCCCUUUUCUAAAACAAAACGGCAGACUCAGUCCUGUCUGUCUCGUUAUUUGGAAAGGGAAAUUGGCUCACGCAGAGAUCUGCUUUACAUAAUUGUGGGAAAAUGCCGCGAGCUGAUCUGUCUUUGCACUGCAGAGAGUGUGGUGGCGUGUACGCUAUGUCAUAGCCUAAGUCGGACAUUUUUGUUAUCAGACAUGCCAGAGUGUUAAAUUUUAGGGCUUAGAGAAUUUGAUACAAAAUUGCUGAGAUACAUUUGUUUGCUUCGAAAGAUGUCAUAGUUUCACUUUGAUCAUUUGCCACGUUUUGUCCCACGUAUUUAAGUGUGUUGAACAGUGUAUUCAAUUUAUAUAAAACAACUCACACUGGAAUCGGCUGACAUGCUACAGAUGUUCCGAAAAGAACGGUGCAAACGCACCACUGAGGCACAGGUUUUUUCCACGAAUGACAAAACAAGCACAAGUCCUUUGUCUAAUAAGCUUUAGUAAAGUUAUAAAUAUUACUGUGGAUUUUAUUCACAAUAGACAAUAAUAGCAGAAACACAUUUUCAGGAUUCGCUUAGUUAAAUUAGCUGUUGAACUUUAAACUUUUUAAAUUUCUUGAAUUACUAUAUAAUGUGUUCAUGUACACGUCUAAAGUAUAUUCAGAUUAAUUUUGCUUGUAACCUGAAAUAAACGUAAAUUGCAGAGAUAAGCACAUUAUUGGAAUGUCCAGGCAAACAUGCAAUUUCAGUGAAUAAUUCCUCAGACAUUUUAAAAGGAUUUACAAUUAAACUACUGAUUUUUCAUACAACGGAUAUGUCUCACAAACUAUUGUAAACAAACAAAAUAGGUAUUUUGUCAACUGUCCAAAUUUAUAACGGUAAAUAUAUAUUUUGGUACAAGACUUGACAGAGAAUUGAGACUACGCUGAGGCAGAGCGACUCUCUCGCUAUUACUAGAUAAUGAAUCAAAUGAUGACAGUCUUCAGAGUGAUAUAUCAUCAUUUGAUUCCAACUAUAUAAUUAUGCUUACUCAAAAAAUGUUAUUUUUAAAUGUACUAGACUGAGCUAAAUGACAACAUUUUAUCAAAGGCAUGAUGCCCAGUGCUUUAUGGGAACAAAUUUUCUUGAUUUUCCCUGAUUUGAGGAACUUUUCUCAAAUUCCUUGACUGUAAAAAGGGUUAGUCACUUUCCGGUUUUCACAUAAUUCCAAGAGUGCCGAAAACCUUAGUUUGUGUCGAAUUUGGGUUCACCUUAAUGCUUUUCCCUUCAAUAUUUGGCACCAGAUGGCGCUGUUAGCAAAGGAUUCAACAUCCAAGACAAACCUUUACUCAACUACCGUAAUUUCAAAGCUAAUGUAAUUUUUUUCCGUAUUCAUAAAUCAAACGCUAUAGCUACCAUCACCAUAGAAAUCACAAGUUCGUUGGUAACAAAACGAAUGUGUCCCUGAUUUUUGGUCGUAGAAGUUUCAGUAGUGGACGAAAAACUCAAUGGAUACACUGUGCUGGCGCUAGUAGUGCUUGGCUCGCAGGAAGGGUAAUUUUCCGGCCGUAUACGAAUCGGUCUUCCGUACAAAUGCAGCUGCUUGUUUUUUAGAACUCUUUCUAUCCAAGCCUGCGUACAAGUUGCAAACUGCCGACCUUGUUCGUAGCCUGCCUGUGUCACGUGGAGCGUAGCCAAGACUUUGAAGACGACGGUUCUGUUGGCUGCAAGCUCAUCGUAUUGCGGGCCGCAGCUUCGAUAAACUGCAUUUGCUGCAUUUAA